CGGUAGGCUGUUGUAGAGUAGAUCGAGCAGAUGACGAUAGGGAAGAAAUUGAGAUUAUUUUUUCUUUUCUUUUGGAUUGUAAUUAAGUUCCGAAUGCCUGUUAAUGAAAUUAGCAUUCGUAGAAAAUGCACGCAAUUAGCACAUUUACGUGUUCUGAUGUAUUUGUGAAUGAAGUAUGUUGGUGAAUGAGGUGUACCUGGUUUUUUAUAUUUUCAGCAUCCAUACCGACUCUGGAAUCCACCCAUCCUCCUAUCCAAUGGUUACUGGGGAGUUCUUCCCUUAAGGUAAAGAGGCAGAUGUGUGAAGUUGACCACCCAUCUCCAUCUAGUGCUGAGGUUAAGAAAGGUUAAACCUCCACGCCCACACAUGUCUUCAUGGCAUAGUCCUUAACUAUUUAAGCGAUAUUCUGUAACUGUCAUGGCAGAUUAUUGAUUGAGCAGCCGUUAUAAAGGACACAUUCCAAAGAAUGGCUGACCCGUCGUCAGAGGAAGAUGGCCUGUUAAGGGAGUGGGCCCCUCUAACUGGGUUCCUCCAACAGAUCCCACUGAAGGCCCAGAGAGGGCUUUUCACGCACAACCUGAAUCUGACGUGUGUUGACAUACUGCCAGAAUUCAUUGCUGUUGGGACCAGUCUUGGCUUAGUGUACUGGUAUAACCGGAAGAAGGGAGACUUGCAAAGGUUGCGUUGUGAGAACACAGGAUCACCUAUUACAUGUGUUAAAGUGAUCUCUACAGUGGACUAUAUGGUGGCUGCAGGCAAUGAUCAGGGGAUAGUGACUGUGUUCCAGAUUCCUAAGACACCACCUGAUGGUCUUCCAGAAAGUAUGAAACCAAAGAAGAAUAAACAAGUCGAAAGAUACAGUAUCAGUGGGCUUCAUUCGUCUCCUGUAACAGCAAUAGAAUGGAGUAUGAAUGGCAUGAAACUUUUUAGUGGCGACAAAAAUGGGCUUGUAGUUCUCACAGAGAUUGAUUUUUAUAUGCAUCUCAGUAAGUCAGUGGAGUUACUGAAUGAGAAGUAUGAAAUUGUUCAGCUGAGCUAUAGUCAGCAGCUGUUACUUAUUUCAACGUUAUACCGAAGCAUCGUAUGUUGUCACAGAGAGGAUCGUUGGAAGGUUUCGCAGGUUGGGCAGAAGGAAAGAAAAGUGCUGGGCAGAUUAGGAGCAACAUUUUAUCUUGGCUCUGGUCAUCCCCAGGAGUUGGUGGUGUAUUCAAGUAGACCUGGUCUGCGUGUUUGGCUUGCAGAUAAGAAUGGUGUUGUUCAGCAGACACUCAUUUAUAAGGAUGCUGUAAUGAAAGAACAUACUCACACACCUCUCAUCAACCCUGCUUCAUCUCAUGUUAGACAGUCACGUGGCGAUCACCGGUUUGGCCCUCUUCUUGUGUUUCGAGAACAUCUGGUGACCUACAGCAGUGAUGUAGUGUAUGUUCUGAAUCCUAUAACAAUUACUGUGGUUGCUACAGUAGCAGAUCUACGAGGAGUAUUGGAUGUAGCUGUUAACAAAGAUGAAAUCUUUAUCUUGGAAGGAGAACGAAGUCUCAUUAGAGUGGCAUUUACACCAGAGAAUAUAGCCUCAGAUCAAGGAACAAAAUUUGAUUAUCGAACAGAGAACAUCUUGCCUGUUUCACUGUCAGACAUCACAGUUGCUUCAUCCAUCAUGGAUCUUACAUCAAAACUAAAAGACAGUGCAAUUGUUUCUGCCAUCCCAAUACCUAAAAUUAGUACAAGAAUCAGUAUAUUUGGUAGCCCUGGGUCCAAAUAUAAAGGCAUAAAUAGUGAGUCAGCAUUUGAGGGAUGGGACCCAGUGAUGACAGCAGAUGAGGCAACAGAGCUGCCUCCUGUAAUAGCACUACCACAUGAGAAUUUGAUUGAUUUAUAUGUUGAAAAAGCAGUCAGUCCUGGUGUGAAUUGUCCAAGUGCUACAACUGAUAGCGGCAACGAGUUCAAGGAGGUUUACAGCAUAUCACAGCAAAGUAAUGCAGGAAGCAGAAGAAGCUCUGCCCUGUCUUCUGAAAACUUACGAACAGAAAUUCUUGACAGAAUUGGGGAACAGCAUUAUGAAGACGUUCUUUUUAAACCAAAGCAGAGUAGGAAGCUUAGCAAGACCAAACAGGGAAAAAUGUUUGUGUCUGAAACUGAGUCAGGUUCUGACACCGUGAGCAUCAGUAGUGUUCGCUCAACGUCAGAUGAAGAUCCAUGGAGCAGUGAGAGACUGGAUAUAAGCAAUGAUUUGAUCAUUGCAGUGAAACCAAGUGAGAGCUCGAAUAAUGUGCAGCUGAACACAAAGUCUUCCUCAGAAGAAACAUUGAUAAGAUUAGGUGAUAGCAUUAGCAGUGACAUUGCAACACUUCCUGGUGACACUGGCAGUGAGCAUGAUGGAACCAUUAUUAAUUCUGCCUUAAGUGAAACUGAUAUUCCACAAAUGUCUUGUAAAAAUAAGAGACCUGGUGGUUUUUGUUUAGGUGACGAGUGUUUAGUGCCACUAGAAAUACAACCAGAUCUACGAAGUCCUUCUUCUAUUGAGAGGGAUGUUGCCCAUAAAGAGAGAAUUCUUGCAAAGGUUCUCCAUAUGGACAGUUUAUGCGAUGGUGACUCUGAAAGUGAAGUGAAUUUUAAUGGCAAACAUACUUGUGAUGUAAAUAAAAUAGAAACUCAAGAGGUAAUUGCUGAAAAGACAAAAUUGAAGUAUGUAACAUCACAUAGUUGCAUUUUUUCUGAGGAAUUCAAUGAUGCUAAAGUUGGUGAUGAAGAGAGAGAUGACUGGGGAUACCAGAGUGAAUCAAGAAAUGAUGAUUGUGUCUCACAGCAUAGUGAUAACAUUGCAGACUCUCAAGAUGAGAAACUUGCCUCAUUUAGUAGUAUUCUCAGUUAUGGACCACCCUCUGGCAGUAGUGCUCCUCCCAGUAAUCAUGCAUCACUCGAGAUAUUCAGCACAUCUGACCCCAAAACAGAGUUGAGGUGUGACCACAGGAUGUACAAAACAGUGGAGAGGGCUGACCAGUGGAUGCAGUAUAAAGUGCCAGGCACCAUUGUGAAUCUAUCAUUGUGUAAAUAUUAUGUGUGCUGUAUUGAUUCGAAAGAUACUGUAUAUUACAGUUCAUUGAAUGGUUUAAGUUUGGAAUGGCAAAAUGUGGAUUAUAAAGCAAAACAAGUAGCCAUUUCACCAAAUGGAACUUUGGUGUGGAAGCUGUAUAAGCACAGAGCAUAUUAUUUGGAAAAUCCUUCAGUAAAAGGACCAUUUGGGGGAAAGUGGAUAGAAAUAGCAAGGAAUAUUCAGUGGAUUUCUGUUUCAGACAUCAUUACAUGGUUUGUGUCAGAUGGUUACAUAUCUGUCCGCAAACAGCUGAGUUCAGAGCAGCCUCCCAGCCCAACCAGGUCUGUGGAAUGCAACCAGCCUGUAACCCGCAUCUGCUCUUUCCAGAAUUCUGUUAUUGCUCUCACCUCCACAGGAGAGGUCCUCUUCAGGUCUGGGGUGUCUGAUGUAGAACCAGAAGGGAAGAAGUGGGAAAAGAUCAAUAUCCCAUGUCCUGCUGUAACAGAUAUAGCACUUGGUUGUCACAGUACAGCAUGGAUAGUGGAUCAGAAGAGUGCCAUCUACUUCUGUUGCAAUUUCAUGGCACCUGAUUCCCAGUGGUGGCAGGUACUGAUCACUGGAUACAUUUUCCAACGAACAACAUCCUUGCAGCACAUUUGCAACAAGCUGAAACUCACAGAGAAUCUUUACAUUCGUCAGCAAGCUUCUGUUAUGAUUGCUGCAGGAGAGGACACAGUGUGGGUAGGAAACAAAACCACAACUAGUAUACACGUGAACAAGACUCAGUUCACAGGCCAUCAGUGGAGUAAAGUGCCUCUGGAACAUCGCAGGGCAUCCUUGAAGUGGCAGAAAGUCAGUGCAGAAGGAAUAUUUGAAGACAAAGGACAACUUUGGCUGCUUUCCACAGCAGGAGAUCUCUUUUCUUCUUGCUCCAAUUUACAAACUGUUCAUGCUCUACUUCUGCCAGAUGACUCUCCAGUUGUGUGUGUGGCUGCUGCCACUGAUACUGCUUGGAUUCUCACAGCAAAAGGGAAGAUAUAUAUUCGCCAAGGAAUUACAGAUAAAUGUCCUAGUGGAAAGACUUGGAAGGAACUCAGCUUAGCUGAACUCGAAGGAAUUCGUUUAACACAUUUGUCUUGUGGGUGUGAUGUUGUGUGGGCCUGUAAUGAUCUGGGGGAUGUGUAUAUGGCUGAUGGACCUCCACACUCCCUACCAAGUUCAUUUCUGUCUCCUGCUUGGAAAACUGUUGAUAAGUCACAACAGAUGAAUGGUUGUCAUCAGAGCACAGCACAACGAAAGACUUUUUUCACCAAGGUUUUUGUGGGACCACAGACAUACAUGGUAUGGGCCCUAGACAAUAAGAAGAAUAUAUAUGUAAGAGAAGGCAUCAGUAAUGAUUCUGAACUUGGAACAGGCUGGGUUUUAGUCUCUGGAAUUGAAGCUGUUGAUCUCAGUAUUAGUGGCACAGCAGUGUGGGCUCUCUCCCCUGAGGGUGGUGUCUAUUGCAGAUGUGGUAUCACUAAUACUAAUGUCAUUGGAGAUUACUGGAAGAAGAUACCUGGUUCAGUUACGGCAGUAACAGCAUCUGUGAGUGAUGGUUUGUGGGCUUUGGACAAGAACCACAGACUCCUGAGGCAUCAUCAAUUUACAGUGAAGAUGGGCAAGUCAGCUCCAACUUCAAGUGUUGCUGUCAACUGCACUUCUGAUGGUGACUGGGAAGUUGUGACAUGUGGCACAUUUUUGUAACAUAUUAUUGUAUUACAGUGAGUAGAAUAGAUGUUCAGAGCUCACACAUCCCAAUAUUCUGUUACAGACAAGUGUACCAUACCAAUAUAUGGGAUAAAUUCUUUAAGGUGUAUUUUUACAGUAAUGAUUAAUGCUAGAAGUUUGAUACAUAAUUUGUUGAUGAUUCUUAUUUAGUUCUGAUAGGAAUGGCAUGUCAGUGAUAUGGUUUGAAGUUGUAGUUAUCUUCACAUAUGCAUGCAUGUGUGACACACACACACACAGGAACACAUGCACUAUAUCUUAUACAUAUGUGUGCAGACUUUCAGUUUAAUUGUAUUUCAUGUUCACUUAUAUUAAUUUUACUUCCAGUAGUUUGUCUUUCAAUUAUAGCAUUUGAAACAUUCCCCCAACCAGAGACCCAGAAACUGCAGAAAACUGUAGCUUACUUGUACUUGAUUAUAUCCAUGUUAACCUUAUGUCUCUGCUGGAAACAGCAUUUCGAUUUAGGUUGUAUAGACAGGUGAUGAUUACCCAGAAGUUUUUUUGCAGUGGUUUCUCACUUUGCAGUCAUUUUUGUUCCUACAUCAGGAGUAAUCUUGCAACAUUUCUGCAGAAAUGAAGAAGCCAUAUUUUCACAUUACUGUUCUUGCUGUGUAAGAUCUGAUUGACAUGACUGGCUGUUGUCAGCAAUGACCACAAGUCUCAGGUAAUAUAAUGAAUGGCUAGUAACUGUCAAGAAUACCCAAUCUCCUGUACCAGUGUCAGUCAAAUAAUAGUUUGGCAACACUGACCCUUCAGUGUCAGUAGUGCCCAAGGGUAGAUCUUCAGUGAUAAACUGACGAAAUAUAAUUUAUUGAACUGUAAUUUUCAAGCUACUGGGAUGAAACAUAAAUGAAAAUACAGCCUUCAAAAGGAAUACAAUUUUAUUUUACGUAUAAAAUCAAGUGGCGAUAGAUGUUUUGAGAAUGGCUGAGAAAUAAAUAAAAAUAAAACUUUAAAAGGCAUUCACAGUUUGUUACAUAGGUAAUCAAGCAGUAGUAAACUUUUUUAAAAAUCCUCAUGACAUUUAUAAACCCUCCACUUCCUUUCCAGCCCUCCAUGCAUGCACAGAGUAUGCAAGGACACACAAGAAAGCAUUAGCCUGGAUGAUAAGUAUCACUGUCUGUGUAGUUGAUUUUUAACACCCCUAGGUGGAGGGUAUUGUUCACAGUGCUGCA